AUGGAAGCUGUCGCCGUUUCCCAUUCCAUGCCUGCCUUGUAUAGCAUCAAUGGAUUAGAGAUCAAGACAAGCAUCGUACAUACACCUAAGACAUCCACUUCAGAUUAUAUCGAGCUGAACGACGAUGGAGUUGUUGAGAAUGCCACAGCCGUGCAUGACGGCCCAGUAUACAUCUGUCUAGCCGAGAACUACGACUACUGGUGCGCUGAGCUUGGACUCAACCGAUCAGAAUGGGACUGGUGUCAUUGGGGAGAGAACAUCACUUUCAGAUGCACCGAUAGAACCCUCACUGAAUCUGACUUUCGGCUGGGAGACGUAUGGAGUGUCGGUAGUAGCGUACGUCUACAAGUCUGCGGAUCUCGGAUCCCUUGUAUGAAGCUCUCUUGGAGAUGUGGCCAGAAGGACUCUUGGCUGAAGACGCUAUCCGAUACUGGUCGAGUAGGAGUUUAUCUCAGAGUUCUUGCUGGGGGGCGAAUCUAUCCCGGGGACUGUGCAACUCAAGAGUCAACCUCGGGCGACAGCAUGGACGUGGCAACAAUCGCUCAAUUGGCCUUCAGCUCCGGCUUGAAAACUCGCGACACUCUCGAUUUACUAGCCAAUCACGAAAUUCUUCUCAGACUAAACAGACUGAUCAUAAAGCGAAAGCUGGCCACGAUGGAUGAUACAGAGAACAAAGGCAAGAACGCGUGGAAGGGAUGGCGAGAUCUGCGAGUCUCUCGAAUUGUCAAUGAAGGCAACGGUAUUAUGUCCUUCUUUCUCGGCCCUAUGGACGACAGGGAAUUAUCGUGGUAUCUACCUGGGCAGUUCCUGACUGUACGGCUACCAACAGGUCAAGUCCGCAGCUGGAGUAUCUCAGACUGGCCUGGUCGCACUCAACCCAGAUUUUACCGCCUCAGCAUCAAGGAAGCAGGAAGUGCUUCGGCAUGGAUGUGCAAUGAGUGCACUAUCGGGACCACCCUUUCAGCACGCUCACCUGCUGGGCGGUUCGUUCUGGACUGGUCCCAACCGGUUACCCCUCGACAAAUCUAUCUAUCUGCUGGGAUCGGAAUCACGCCCAUUCUUGCCAUGAUUAAGGCCCAUGCGGACCAUCCCAACAUGAGGAGUGUCCCAGGUAUCUGGAUCCAUGUAACGAAAGACGGAGCAAACCUGCAGCUUCAGGAUGAGUUUCUUCGGAUUGAUGACAACCCCACAAAGCGAAUGGUUUUUAUGACGCAGCCUCGGGAUAUUGAUGUCUACGAGAGACAGUACAGCAUCUCAGGAAGGCCAACUUUGGAGUCCUUGACACAAAUACUGGGAGAGACAUACCAGAUCAAUCCGUUCGGUACCGCCGAGAUGGAUCUGCCCGCUACGUUCUCGGCGGCGUACAUUUGCGGACCCAAAGACUUCGAGAUCGACAUGAGAAGCAUCCUUACAAGCCUCAAGAUCCCCCCAUUCUUUAUUUGCAGCGAGAGCUUCUCGUCCUCAGGUCACGCCAUUGGUGACUUAGAGAAGGCUUCGGUCCACUUCACCAAGUCUAACAAGACUGCCAAAUGGGAGAAAGAAAAUUCAAUGUCUCUACUGGAGCUUGCAGAGUCUGUUGGCCUAUCGCCCGAUUACGGUUGUCGCGUGGGUGCCUGUGGAAGCUGCACUGCCAAAGUAACUUGUGGCUCAGUUUCAGGAGGUGUUCAAAUGGAUGGAAGUGUAUUGACGUGCUCGGCCAUUCCUUCGUCUGACGUUGUUGAGGUUGAACUUUGA